GUAUCCACUGUGAAUCGAGAUGUCCUAUCGGCUGGUAUGGAGACAAUUGUAAGCAGCAAUGCAAUUGCAUGCAUGACAGCUCUUGUGACCAAUUCACGGGAGUCUGCACAUGUGCCCGUGGUUGGAAUGGAGGCACUUGUAGUCAACCUUGCUUGCCGGGAACUUACGGUUACGACUGUGAAGAAGAUUGCCUAUCAAGAGGACUUAAAAGUGAAACCUGUGACCACGUAAUGGGACAAGUGAAAUGUCGACCUGGCUUUGCUGGUGUUAGUUGCGAGAACCCAUGUCCUGCCGAUUACUAUGGCCAGGAUUGCCUAGAACGCUGCCACUGUAAGAACGGAGCAGACUGUCAUCAUAUAACUGGUGUUUGCCAGUGUUCGCCAGGCUGGACUGGAACUUCUUGCGAAAUACCGUGUCCUGAUUACACGUGGGGCCAUAACUGCACGCAGCAAUGUCAGUGCCGCAACAAGGAAAAAUGCCGUCCGUACGAUGGAGAGUGUAAAUGCAACCCUGGUUGGAUGGGAAAACGCUGCAAUGAGCGCUGUGGGGAAGGAUUCUAUGGUCUGCAUUGCAUGGAAUCUUGUCAAUGUCGUGAAAAUUUCAUUUGUCAUCCGGUGUCCGGAUGUGCGUGCAGAUAUGGAUUCACGGGCGAAGACUGCACAACAGAGCUAGUCCAGGGUCUGGGCGGCAGAGACGGCACGAACAGUAGCAGCUCAAUAGGUAUCAUGCUAGGACUUUUCGUUGGUGUGUGUUUGGUGGGAGUGAUCAUCGCUCUUUGGAUGUAUUACAGGAAAAGAGUCGAAAACCUUAAAACGGAAAUAGCGCAAGUCCAAUAUAUUGCUGAUCCUCUUAGCUCACCAGAUCGGCAUCAUUUCGACAACCCAGUCUACUGUUAUGGUGCUGCCAGCAGCGGUAAUACGGAUAGUCUUUUAAGUAACAAUAUGACAAUAAGAAACAAUUUAAGAGAUCGUGAAAAACCUACGAACCUUGAAAGGCAGAAACUUGGAUACUCUGACGAUGAUCAGUCGGACACUGCAAGCAGUCGAGGAGCGUAUGGAAUGUCCGAAACUUAUCUGAAGAACAGAGAUGCGGAUUUGACAAAUCCAAAUCUGUACCAUAGUAUCGAAGAUUUCAAGGAACAUCUCUACGAUGAAAUAAAGAACCUAAAACCUCCUGUGGAGGAAGAGUACGAUCAUUUGGACUACACGAGGGCAGGCAGCUCCUUGAAACCUCACUACCAGAAAAUGGCGAAUUCGCUCAGAAGCGAGAGCAGUGACCCCUCGUCAGGCGGUGAAAACAGCUCGAGUAGUUUAAAUAACCAGAGCACCCGAAAAGACUUGUAAUUUUUAGUCAUAGCAUAUUGUACGUAUCUGCAUUUUAUACCAAUAAGUGUUUCAUAGUUGGACCUACUGUGAAAGGAAUCUAAUCAAAAUAGUCAGGCUGGGCUCUCGCCGAUUUUCUGUAAAAAUCUAACGUAAAAGCUAGCUGUGUAUCUCACUAAAUGCUGUCUUUUACCGCACCUUGGAGGCUAGGCAAAGUAAUUCAAGUAGUAUCAAAAUUUGAUCUUUAGGAUUCUGUGAUACACAGCGCUCUGACGUUUCCCUCUAAUUUGGAAAACUAGGGUGCAGUACGAAACAUUUUUUCUGAUUGAAUCAAAUCUUGGGCUCUCAAUAAAUUGCAAAUCUCUGAUGCAAAUUGCAACAUUUUUAAAUUUCUUACCUUAUUUCAUGUUUUUGAAAGAAAAUUAGCUACAAUAUGUCCUCAAAAUUUUCUGCGAAUAUUUUUGAAUGAGUGAAAAUAAUUCACAAAAAAUAUAUAGGAAAGCUGUUGGUUGGUUUUCUUCCUCAAACCAUUGAGGAUGAGCAGAGACUUGCAACAUCGCAAUUUCAGAUACAUUUUCUUUGACUUAGCCGUUGACUGCUUCUCUCAAGGACCUUUUAAAUGAAUUUUUGUCUUGCUACUCAAAUUUUAAAAUGUCCCAAAUAAAUGUUCGACUAUUUAAAUGGAGGCCCACUUUAUUCAAUCAGAUGAAGUAAUUUUGUAAUCUGCAAAAUAUUGACAAGGUGCUGGAUCGCAGAAUAGUCCUGCAAAGUAAAUUUUUAUGUAUCUACUUUUAUAACCAUCCCAUUAAAUGUAAUUUCAAUGGGAAUCAAAAAUACUCAACAUAAUGUAAGAGUUGGCGAGAGAUACCUCACUGUACAUAGGUUACAAAAGGUUUAUUUAUCGAUUAUUUUGUCUCAAAUCGAGAGAGACAUACACAUGAGAGUCGCUUUUAUAGAGCUCUCUGGCGCUCUGCAACGCCUAACUGCCACAAAA